AUGAAUAUACCCCCAGCUGAUGUAGCCGACGAUGAGGAUUUGCAAUGGUUUAUGUCUGUUCACACAGAAGUGGCGUUGUGUGUAAUUGCAGAUGAAUAUAAUGCUGGAGAGCACGAACUGCAUGUCGGAGUUGAGCAUUUGUCACCAAUAGAAGAUGCAUUAUGUGGACGCGAUGAAGUCGGUAUGUGCGAACUACAAGAGCCACAAACGAUUGAUAAUGUGGAUGAAAGUUUAGGUGAAGGCAAUUUGUUUAUUCGAAAUGCAAUUGAGUCGAUUGAUGAAGAGGACAUUGUGGAGAAUAAGAUAUUCUUUAGCAAACGACAGUUAUACACAAGGCUUCAACUUAAGACUUUGAAAGAGAAGUUUCAUUUCAAGGUUAAAAAGUCGAAUCCUAGAUCUCUUACUGUGUAUUGUGUCGAUACUACAUGCCAUUGGCUAGUACGAGCUUCUAAGAUAAAAACUUCAGAAAUCUUUACGAUUCGAGAGUACAUACCUAAGCACACAUGUUCUCUAGACGUUCGACGAAAUGCACAAAUUUACGCAACGAGUGCAAUAAUUGGGCAUCACAUAAUGCGAAGGUUGGACGAUGCAAACCAAUCAUACGUUCCUGCGGGUAUUAUUGGAGAUAUGGAAUGUGAGUUUGGUGUACGGAUUACCUACAACAAAGCAUGGAGGGCUAAAGAGAAGGGACUUCGAUUUCUUCGUGGUACACCCGAAGAAAGUUUCCAGAAAUUGCCAUCAUAUUGUCACAUGUUAACCGAGAAAAAUCCAGGAACUAUUGCACACAUUGAACUCGACUCGAAUAAUAGGUUCUUGUACUUCUUCUUAGCGUUCGGGCCUAGUAAGUCAUUGAAGGGCCAAUAUAAGGGAACACUACUAGUAGCUGCAGCGCAAGAUGCUAACCUACAAAUAUAUCCUCUUGCGUGGAGUGUUGUCGAUGGGGAAACAAAUGCAUCGUGGUAUUGGUUCUUUGCAAAGUUGAAAGAUGUCAUUGAUGAUUCAAAUCAGCUAGUGUUUGUGUCGGACAGGAAGAAGAGUAUUAAGUGGGCAAUUACGAGGUUGUUCCCACUUUCUCACCACGGUGCUUGCAUCUGGCAUAUCGAGAAAAAUCUUAUUGCAAGGUAUAGCAGUAGCAAUGUCAUCUUCUUAUUCAAGCGGGCAGCCCUAGCAUACCGCGUAUCGGAAUUUGAUCAGUUUAUGACACAUAUAAGAACCAUUCGACCGUCAAUGGCAUCUUACUUGGAACGUGCCGGUAUAUCCACCUGGUCACGGGCACAUUUUGUUGGUAAUCGGUACAACGUUAUGACGAAUAACAUUGCGGAGUCAUUGAAUUCAGUCCUAAUGUGA